CUGAUUUUCGGCAAAAUCUCCAGUGAUCGUUGGAUGUUACUAAACUCCACGACACUCACCCUUUUGAAUGGUUCUUAGGACAUUGUUCUAGAGUUGUGACCUGUUUUGUUACAUAUUGUUCACCCAAGCAAGAAGCCAUGACAUUUUUAUCUUAUCUGUCUAUCCACACAAUUUAAAAUCAAAUGUCUAAAUACAGAGAACUUGUUAAACAGAUUAGGUUUUUUUCAGAAGAAAUUGGCUCUCUACUCGAAUUGAAAUAUAUUUCUGGAAUGUAUGUAAUUCAUUGUGUGUAAAGCAAUUUUUAUGAUGUACUAGAGUCAAGACAUAUAUUUAACAAUAUGUAUGUGAAUGCCUCACACACACACACGUGCGAGUGUAGAGUUCAUAUACACAAACAUUUGCAUUUAUGUAAUUAUUUAAAAAAGGCGUUUUUUAUGUACUCUUACUGGUCCUUGUAGUGUUUCAUAAUAUUCUGUACUCUAAACAUGUGCUCAAUGCAAUAUUUCUUACAAAUGAAUGUUAUCAGUGGCAUAUGGUUAUGCUUUGUUCCACAGAUGUCUGCUGUGUGAAGUUAAUGAUGCUACAGUGAUGUUUCAUCCAUGUGAGCACACUGUUACAUGCAACGAUUGCUGUUUAAAGAUUGAGCGUAAAACUUGUCCCGAGUGUCGACAAGUUAUAGCUGAGAAAAGCGGAUUCGAGUCCAUAAAACUGGAGGUGAAGCAUCUCAAUAGAGUGUCGAUGAUGUUAGGGAAUCAAUGGCAGCAAGUUGGAAUUGAAUUAGGACUUAAACAAAUUGAGCUGGAUAUUAUCAAGGCUGACCAUCCAUGUGAUACUAUAGGACAGAGCUUCCAGAUGCUCAAAAAAUGGUUCAAGAAGUGUAAAACAAAUGAACGCACAUUCAAAACACUCAGAGACGCUUUUGAAUUAUUUCACUGUUAUGAUGCACUCAAAUGUCUAGACAGUGUAAAUGUUUAGUCUCAGGUCAACCAAAUAGAGACCUAUGAUCAAAUGCACUCCAGCCAUGACCAUCCUGUCUUUAUCCUUCAUGUAGAUGAGCCAGAAACAUAUUGUCCAGUGUAUUUUUCCUUAAAGUGACAAGGUAUGAAUUGUGGUGGAUUUGGCUACUACUUCUAGCAGAUCUAUCUACCACAAAGAAAUCCCUUUGCUGAUAUGGCUCACUUUGUUUUGUUUUGGUUUAGGGCAGGCCUUCCAAAA